UGCAGGAAUCUUUGAACUGGUGGAGCUUGUUGGCAAUGGUACCUAUGGGCAGGUCUAUAAGGGUCGUCAUGUUAAAACAGGCCAGCUUGCUGCUAUUAAGGUUAUGGACGUCACCGGGGAUGAAGAGGAAGAGAUCAAACAAGAAAUUAACAUGCUGAAGAAGUAUUCUCACCACCGAAAUAUCGCUACGUAUUAUGGUGCUUUUAUUAAAAAGAACCCACCAGGAAUGGAUGAUCAGCUCUGGCUGGUGAUGGAGUUCUGUGGCGCGGGCUCCGUCACCGACCUCAUCAAGAACACGAAGGGGAACACCUUGAAGGAGGAGUGGAUUGCCUACAUCUGCAGAGAGAUUUUACGGGGCUUGAGUCAUCUACACCAGCACAAAGUAAUUCAUCGAGACAUCAAGGGACAGAAUGUAUUGCUGACAGAAAAUGCAGAAGUUAAACUAGUGGAUUUUGGUGUCAGCGCUCAGCUGGACAGAACAGUGGGCAGGAGAAACACCUUCAUUGGAACGCCUUACUGGAUGGCCCCUGAGGUUAUUGCCUGCGAUGAAAAUCCCGAUGCCACUUAUGACUUCAAGAGCGACUUGUGGUCUUUGGGGAUAACGGCCAUCGAGAUGGCGGAAGGCGCUCCCCCUCUCUGUGACAUGCAUCCCAUGAGAGCCCUCUUCCUCAUCCCCCGCAACCCAGCCCCGAGGUUGAAAUCAAAGAAGUGGUCUAAAAAGUUUCAGUCCUUCAUUGAGAGCUGCCUAGUGAAGAACCACAGCCAGAGACCAACCACAGAGCAGCUGAUGAAGCACCCCUUCAUCCGAGACCAGCCCAACGAAAGGCAGGUCCGCAUCCAGCUCAAGGACCACAUCGACAGGACUAAAAAGAAGCGAGGCGAGAAAGAUGAGACAGAGUAUGAGUACAGUGGAAGUGAGGAGGAGGAGGAGGAAAAUGACUCUGGAGAGCCCAGCUCCAUCCUAAACCUGCCUGGGGAGUCAACGCUGAGACGGGAUUUCUUGAGGCUGCAGCUGGCGAACAAGGAGCGGUCGGAGGCGCUGCGCCGGCAGCAGCUGGAGCAGCAGCAGCGGGAGAAUGAGGAGCACAAGCGGCAGUUGCUGGCUGAGCGGCAGAAGCGGAUUGAGGAGCAGAAGGAGCAGAGGCGAAGGCUGGAGGAGCAGCAGAGGCGGGAGAAGGAGCUGCGGAAGCAGCAGGAGCGGGAGCAGCGGCGGCACUAUGAGGAGCAGAUGCGGCGGGAGGAGGAGCGGCGGCGUGCGGAGCACGAGCAGGAGUACAUCAGGCGACAGUUAGAGGAGGAGCAGAGACAGUUAGAGAUCCUGCAGCAGCAGUUGUUGCAGGAGCAAGCGCUACUUCUGGAGUAUAAGCGCAAGCAGCUGGAGGAGCAGCGGCAAGCAGAGAGGCUGCAGAGGCAGCUCCAGCAGGAGCGUGACUACCUGGUCUCCCUGCAGCAGCAGCAGCAGCAACAGCGGCAAGACCAGAGGCCGGCAGAGAAGAAACCCCUCUACCAUUACAAAGAAGGGAUAAAUGCCAGCGAGAAACCAGCGUGGGCCAAGGAGGUGGAGGAGCGCUCCCGGCUCAAUCGCCAGAGCUCGCCGGCCAUGCCCCAUAAGGUGGCCAACAGGAUUUCUGACCCCAACCUGCCUCCUCGGUCGGAGUCUUUCAGCAUUAGCGGUGUGCAGCCGGCCCGGACCCCACCCCUGCUCCGACCUGUGGACCCGCAGAUUCCACAUCUGGUCACUGUGAAAUCCCAAGGAAGCUCCUUGUCUGGGUCUCAGUCACUGCAUGAACAGCCUGCAAAGGGACUGGCUGGGUUUCAGGAGGCUCUGACGGUGACCUCUCACCGCACUGAGAUGCCAAGGCAGAACUCGGACCCCACCUCAGAAAACCCUCCUCUGCCCCCUCGCAUUGAAAAGUUUGACCGAAGUUCUUGGUUACGGCAGGAGGAAGACAUUCCACCAAAGGUGCCUCAACGAACCACUUCCAUAUCCCCUGCUCUGGCGAGGAAGAACUCCCCAGGGAAUGGUAGCGCCCUGGGGCCCCGGCUGGGCUCCCAGCCCAUUCGGGCAAGCAACCCGGACCUGAGGAGGACGGAGCCCAUCGUGGAGAGCCCGCUGCAGAGGACCAGCAGCGGCAGCUCCUCCAGCUCCAGCACUCCCAGCUCCCAGCCCAGCUCCCAGGGCGGGUCCCAGCCCGGCUCUCAGGCUGGCUCCAGCGAGCGCAACAGAGUCAGAGGGAACGCCAAGCCCGAAGGGUCCCCUGUGCUCUCCCACGAGCCCGCCAAGGUAAAGCAGGAAGACAACAGGGACGUGACGCGACCAAGCCGACCCGCUAGCUAUAAGAAAGCUAUAGAUGAGGAUCUGACGGCCUUAGCCAAAGAGUUGAGGGAGCUGCGCAUCGAAGAAACCAAUCGCCCCCUGAAGAAGGUGACGGACUACUCCUCCUCCAGCGAGGAGUCAGAAAGCAGCGAGGAGGAGGAGGAGGAUGGGGAAAACGAGACACAUGAUGGGACCGUGCCUGUCAGUGACAUCCCACGGCUUAUACCAACAGGAAUUCCUGGAAGCAAUGAGCCGUACAACCUGGGAAUGGUGACAACCCACGGGCUAGAGACUUCCCAUGCAGAUACGUUUAGCAAUAUUUCAAGGGAAGGGACUUUAAUGGUGAGGGAGACCUCUGGUGAAAAAAAGCGUUCUGGCCACGCAGCCAGCAAUGGCUUUGCAGGUCACAUCAAUCUACCUGACCUGGUGCAGCAAAGCCACUCGCCUGCGGGCACACCGACCGAGGCCCUGGGGCGAGUCUCCACGCAUGCGCAGGACAUGGACUCGGUGCCUGAAUAUGGUAUGGGAAGUAGCACCAAAGCCUCUUUCACCCCCUUUGUGGACACCAGAGUGUAUCAGACCUCACCUACUGAUGAAGAUGAAGAUGAGGACGAAGAGUCAUCUGCUACUGCCCUGUUCACCAGCGAGCUGCUCAGACAGGAGCAGGCCAAGCUGAACGAAGCCCGGAAGAUCUCGGUGGUGAACGUCAACCCCACCAACAUCCGUCCCCACAGCGACACCCCGGAGAUCAGGAAAUACAAGAAGCGCUUCAACUCGGAGAUACUUUGUGCUGCUUUGUGGGGUGUGAAUCUGCUAGUGGGCACAGAAAAUGGCCUGAUGCUGCUGGAUCGAAGCGGACAAGGGAAGGUCUACAACCUGAUCAACAGAAGGCGAUUUCAACAGAUGGACGUACUCGAGGGUCUUAACGUCCUUGUGACAAUAUCAGGAAAGAAGAACAAGCUGCGCGUGUACUAUCUCUCCUGGCUGAGAAACAGGAUUUUACACAAUGACCCUGAAGUGGAGAAGAAGCAGGGCUGGAUCACAGUUGGGGACCUGGAGGGAUGCAUCCACUACAAAGUCGUGAAAUAUGAAAGAAUCAAGUUCUUGGUGAUUGCCUUAAAGAAUGCUGUAGAGAUCUACGCUUGGGCUCCUAAACCAUAUCAUAAGUUUAUGGCAUUUAAGUCUUUUGCAGAUCUCCAGCACAAGCCGUUGCUCGUGGAUCUCACUGUAGAAGAGGGUCAGAGACUCAAGGUUAUCUUUGGAUCACACACUGGUUUCCAUGUGAUUGAUGUAGAUUCUGGGAACUCUUAUGAUAUCUACAUACCAUCUCACAUUCAGGGCAAUAUUACUCCUCACGCCAUUGUCAUCCUGCCUAAAACAGAUGGGAUGGAGAUGCUUGUGUGCUAUGAGGAUGAAGGCGUAUAUGUGAACACCUAUGGACGGAUAACUAAAGAUGUGGUGCUCCAGUGGGGAGAAAUGCCUACUUCCGUGGCCUACAUUCAUUCCAAUCAAAUAAUGGGCUGGGGAGAGAAAGCUAUUGAAAUCCGAUCAGUGGAGACGGGACAUUUGGAUGGAGUAUUUAUGCACAAGCGAGCUCAAAGGUUAAAGUUUCUAUGUGAAAGAAAUGAUAAGGUAUUUUUUGCAUCGGUGAGGUCCGGAGGAAGCAGCCAAGUGUUUUUCAUGACCCUCAACAGAAACUCCAUGAUGAACUGGUAACAGAGGAGCAUUUGGCACUCACCGCCAUGGCAUUAUUUCUAAUUUAAAGGACAUUAAACACAUGGACUAACACUGUAGAGGCAGAUGCGGAGGGCCCCAAGGAACACCGCUCCCCACACUCCCCCGGUGCCGUCAGCCCUGGGGCAGGGGCUGCGGGCAGGGAUGGACUUUCAUGCUUGGACCCCGCAAGGUCUCCUGAUUACGCUGUGUUAUAGUGGGUUAUAAGUUUUCCUUUUCUUUUUUUUUUUUUUAUUUUACUUUUUCUUUGUCCCCUACUUUGUAAGAACGGGGAAAGAAACUGUGUCAAAAAGUCUGUUUUUAAUUCUGUCUGCCUGCUAGCAUCAAAUAUAUAGUAUGUUGUAAAGUUACCAAUUAAAUCUGGUGAGAGACAGCACAAUAAAUGUACCUUUUAUCUUUGUGA